AUGAUGGGGUGGUGUUGCUCAGGCAUAUGCAGAGCCCUGGCUCUCCUGGCAAUCCUGUUUCCCUCGCGGGAGAGGGGCUGCUGGGGGCUGAAUCCCAGCUCUGGGGAUCUGGAGAAGUCCCCACACUCUGAUCCAGACCCCUGGGAGGCCCUGCACAGGCACAAACGCAGCUGGGUAUGGAACCAGUUCUUCGUUUUGGAGGAGUACACAGGAAAUGAACCGCUCUAUGUUGGCAAGCUUCACUCAGACGUGGACAAAGGAGAUGGCAAGGUGAAGUAUGUGUUAUCUGGCGAGGGCGCCACCUCCAUCUUCACCAUUGAUGAGAACACAGGGGACAUCCACGCCACAAAGCGCCUUGAUCGAGAGGCGCAGCCCUACUACACCCUCCAAGCUCAAGCUGUAGACCGGAUCACCAAUAUCCCCGUAGAGCCCAGAUCCGAAUUUGUGGUCAAGGUCCAGGACAUCAACGAUAAUGAGCCCAAGUUUCUUGAUGGACCAUACUUGGCUGGGGUACCGGAAAUGUCCCCCUUAGGAACCAUGGUAGUGCAAGUGGCAGCCACAGAUGCAGAUGACCCGACGUAUGGGAACAGCGCCAGGGUGAUCUACAGCAUCGUCCACGGACAGCCAUACUUCUCAGUGGAGCCCAAAACAGGCGUCAUCAGAACAGCUCUUUCUAACAUGGACCGGGAGACGAGGGACCAGUAUGUGCUCGUCAUCCAGGCCAAAGACAUGGUCGGUCAGAUGGGCGGCCUCUCCGGCACUACCACUGUUACUGUCACGCUUACUGAUGUCAACGACAACCCGCCUCGCUUCACUCACAAGAACUACCAGUACACGGUGCUGGAGUCGCUGCCGGUGCAAUCUGUGGUGGCCAGAAUCAAAGCGGCUGACGCUGAUAUAGGCUCCAAUGCAGAGAUGGACUACAGGUUGAUGGAUGGCGACGGGCCUGGCAAGUUCAACAUAACAACAGACGAGAACACACAGGACGGGGUUGUCAUCCUUCUGAAGCCUCUGGACUUUGAAACGAAGAGCAGCUACUCUCUGAGAAUCGAGGCCACAAACAGGAACAUUGAUUCCAACUUCUUGAGCUCGGGCCCAUUUAGCGACACAACAUCGGUCAAGGUGACAGUGGAAGAUGUGAACGAGCCACCCGUUUUUUCCACCCCGAUUAGCAAGAUGGUUGUUUCAGAAGAUGCCAAAUUAGGCACCUCCAUCGGGAGGGUCUCUGCCCAUGACCCAGACAACACCAACAACGGCAUCCGGUACUCCAUUGACCGAAACACCGACUUGGAGCGCUUCUUUAACGUGGAUGCUUUAAGUGGGGUCAUCAGCACAGCCAAGCCUCUGGACCGAGAGGCCAACAUGGUCCAUAACCUCACCAUUUUGGCCAUCGAGAGCCAGGACCCGGUCCAAAUUGGGAAAGGCGUCGCUCUCAUCACAGUGCUGGACAUAAAUGAUAAUGCCCCGGUCUUUGCCAUAGACUAUGAAACUCUUCUCUGUGAAAAUGCCAGGACAGGACAGGUGAUCCAGACCAUCAGCGCAGUGGAUAAGGACGAACCACUGAGCGGCCAUCGCUUUUACUUCGCCCUCGCUGCCCCUGUUGCCGGCAACCCCAACUUCACUCUGCGAGAUAACAAAGACAACACAGCUUCCAUAGUGACGAAGCGGAGCGGAUUCAGGAGACGGGAGCAGGCAAUCUAUCGGCUGCCGGUGUUGAUUGUGGACAGUGGAAGUCCCGCCUUGAGCAGCACAAACACACUCUCGGUGCGAGUGUGUGACUGUGACUCCGACGGCGUGGCCCUAUCUUGUGGAGCUGUGGCCUACACUGCGACCGGCCUGAGCACCGGUGCCCUCCUGGCUAUUUUAGGCUGCAUCAUCACGCUUCUCGUAAUGGUUCUGCUAAUUGUGACGAUGCGUCGGAGGAGGAAGGAGCCUCUGAUUCUGGAGGAGGAGCGGGACAUCAGAGAGAACAUCGUCCGCUACGACGACGAGGGCGGGGGAGAGGAGGACACGGAGGCCUUCGACAUGGUUACCCUCCGCAACCUAAACGUCAUCCGGGACCCCAACGUCAGGCGGGACGUCACACCAGAUACACCCACCUUCUUUCAUUACCCAUCGACCACUCGCCCGACCUAUAAGUCCCUGCCAGACAACGUGGUGUUUCGCGAGUUUAUUUGGGAGCGCCUUAAAGAUGCUGACGUGGACCCGUCAGCUCCCCCGUAUGACUCUUUACAGACUUAUGCUUUUGAAGGCAGUGGCUCUGUGGCCGAGUCACUGAGCUCUUUGGAAUCUCUAAGUACAGACUCCGAUCAGAACUAUGACUAUCUCAGCAACUGGGGGCCGCGUUUUAAAAAGCUGGCUGACCUGUACGGCAACAGCGACGGCACCAGUGUCUUCUCAUAGCCCCUCAAUGUCUCUCUUAACAUUUCUCGAACUAUAAAAAGAUAAAAAAAAUAUGAGUAAUUUAUUGUCAGAGAAAAUGAUUUUGUCUGCCUUAGUGCAUUGGAGGAAAAUAUUCAGAGGCAACACAAGAGAGAUUGAAAGAGAAACACUUUGACAUCAAAGGUUUUAGGUUUGUUUACCUCCUUGUGUGGAUUUUUCAAAAGCGUGCCAUGGUGAGUUUUGACACAGACUUCAAAAGUGGCUUGACUGAGGAGGAGACCUUGUGUUCAAAAGACAUUAAAGGUUUCAGAUUUUAGGCUCCAGUCCAACCAUUGACUGCAGAAUGCAUACAUGUUGGAACAUUUUUAUGGGGAGGCACCUGUCCUUUCAUUCCAGUGAUGGGCACCGGCCCAGCACUCCUGCUUUGAUGCAUUCCUUUGCUAUCUUUGUGCUAAAAAAAAAAAAACAUUGAAGUUUCUCAUGAAAUACUGUGUCCCUGGCGGCUAAUCAGCAGUCACUUGACUGUUCAUUUGAAAUUUGACAACCAUUUCUGUGGGCUUAUUUUAUUUUUCUUCUUUUCUUUUGGCUGGGGAUCAGGGUAAUGAGAAGCUGUUUUUCAUAAAUAUUUUCCACAUUAUUCAUGGACUCACACCUCUCGACGUUAUAUGAGAAGUGUAGCUGCACUCAUACAGAAAAAAACGGCACUUGAUGUGAAGACAUACUGUAAGUCGUGCAAGUAAUCAAAAAGAAUGACAUGUGAGUUGGAUGUCUUCACUGGGAGAAAGAGGUAGUAUCAUUUAUUGUAUUCUCCUAACAAUACAUUUUGCAGAUGUUGCAAUGUAGUGUUUGUCUGAGUCUAUCGCCUUUCUAUUGACAAGUCCGAUGUACGAUUUUCUGAGCUCUAAAAUGUCAACAUUUGGUUGUUCUGCUUUUAUACGAGGUGGGGGGGGCCUUCUACUUGAGAAUCUGUCGAAGGAUCAGUGCUUGUUGUGCUUGAUAGCGAGGUUCAUGCCACCUAGAGUCUAGAAAAAAUCAUUUGUUUCUGAAGUGACAGUCGUUAUCUAGAUGAACUUUGUAAGUAACUGAAUUUUGCUUCUGUAGUUCGCAGAGUUCGGCGUAUUGUCAUUCAGAAAAGAAAUCACUUAUGUUCAUGGUUUGUUGGUUAAAUAAUGGUCAAUGGACACACUGUGCGAUAUGUUGUUUUUCCGGCUUAAACAAAUUAUGUUUCAAUUGGGUGCCGACAUGUACAACCAAUGUGUGUUAUUAUUUAUUUUGA